AUGCCACCCGAUCGUGACCAAAAGUCGGCAAAGAAGAACAAGGUUGGUGACGUGUCUACCCGACGCCGAUACCCGAUCGUCCACAACGUUCUCAAGGAGUCCACACUUGGACUGCCAAGUGACGCUGUUGGACACCAGUUCGUGUCGAUCAAUAACUGGCGCACCUUCGGGUUGAAAGCAGAAGAACUGCGAACGCUCCUCGGGGCUGCAUCGAAACCCGCUGUGCUUCGCUUCCGUAGACCAGACGCCAGGCUUGGUUUCCAGCCAACAGCUCUACCGACUUCUUUGUACACGACCGCUACUGACGAUGGAUCCAUGGACUGCACAGAAGCGACACUUGGGUCGGCGUACAGCAUCCUCUGGAGCGAAGGGAAGCUUGGCAUCGUUUUCGGCUGCUACGAAGAGGCGGCGAGCCACAACCCGCUCGUGGUCUACGUGAAAAGUAUCGGGCCAGGACAAGCGCAGAAGUCCAAACUCGUCCGCGUCGGCGACAUUCUCCACAGCAUCGACGGUCGAGACCUCCCACCGACGCACAACUUCAAAAAGGCGAUGCGUGCGCUGAUCACCUCCAGCUCCUCACGGCCUGUCACGCUCGGAUUUCGCCGGAUGCCAUGGAGUGCCAGAUCGACUGGAAGGAGCGUCUUUGAAGAGCCGUGA